AUGGCCACCAAUUACACUGAGCCGUGUCUUGAUCCAAAGCAUGUCUUUAAGUCCUUCGAGAAUCUCGGCAAAUGCAGGAACAGAGCAGAAGGCACCUUCGGCAUCAACUUGAGUGAUCUCGUGGAGACAUGUCUGAAGGACUACUGCAAGAGCCCAUAUCCUGAUCUAGGUGGCUGUGGGAAGUUAGGUGGCGGGGAAAACUUUGGAUUCAAGGUCAACACCAUGAAGGGCAACCAGUACUUUCGGAGCUCUGCCUGCCUCGAGAUCAAAGAUGGGGUCAAUACAGACAUCGGAGGACCUGGCGUCUUCGUCUCAUACUUGAUGCAACUAGCAAUGGUCUUCUAUUUCUGGAUCGUCCUCCGCUCAUUUCACAUCUUCUCACUCCUAGACUCCUUCUGUACCAGAGGAAAGCAGCCUCACAAGAUAACACCGCCCACAAAGCAAACCAAAGGGAAAAUCAUCCCCAAAAUCCGGCGUUUCUUCAACCAGCAUGACCGCAUCACAAAGGUUAUCCUCGUUGAAUUCCAAGAAGCUCAAUGCUUUUUCAUGAUCGCCUCACAAGCCGCAAUUCUACUCGCUAAGAAGUCAACUACUAUAUUUGAAGCCUACACCAUGCCCUCCCUCUGGGCGAAUAACGGCAUGGCAGGAAUAGUGUCCAGCGCUGGUCUAUUGCCCGUUGUCAUGGGUAUGUGGAGUCUCCAGAAAAUGCACUUGACAGAGGCCUGGGUCUUUUUCUUAUCUAUUACGACUAUUGUCCUUUCUGAGUUCGCGUUGUACUGGAUGCAUAAGCUUCCAUCGCCUGAUCAACUCGAAACUUUCAAAUAUAACGGGUGGCCGGAAAGCUGUGGUGGGUUUGCGCCGCCACUGAUUUAUUGUCCACUUCGGGAAGAUCAAGAUGCCCUAAAGCUCUCGCGCAGGCUUAUCUGGGGGUUGCUCAAUCCGUAUUGUUUGACUGUGUUUGGGCUGGAUGUUAUCUUGUGGCUUCGGUUAUAUAUCGUGAAAAUGAUGAAUGUUGAGACCUUUUGUCAGAGGACUUGCACUCGUCUCGGCGCUCGCGAUUUUCCGUUCAAAGUUCGACAAAUGCUUGCUUCACGUUGGGGUCAAUGGCUCAAGAAGCUACCAAUUAUGCUCACGUUUUGUGUUGAACUACUCUUUCUAGCAGCUGUAUCUCUAGAAUGUUUGUGUUUUUACCAGUUUAAACGCAGCGAAGUGGUUGACUUUUCAGAUUGGGGUUUUGGCCAGAUUGUUGCGAUGACUAUCUGGCUCCCUGUGGCCAGCAAGUAUGCAUAUCUGGUCUUAUUUGGCACAGAGGCUUACUUGAAAGCUCGCAUGCCUGAGUCUAGUCGCGCGGAUGAUAAGGAGGAUACUACCAACAAAAUCACCGACGAUGUUGAAUAUGCGGCUCUGCAGGUCUCCGAUGUCAUCGAGCACAGGAGUCAGGAUACCCAUAAAGCCGGUCAAUGA